UGUUUGUGGUGGUUUUAUACUUUUCAGUUGUUUGAAAAUGUCUCAUUAUUCGUUUCAGUUUUUAGACUCCUUUUCAUUUCCUGUUUACAGUUUAGCCCCGCCCCCUCACACACUAUCCUCCAAUCACCUUACACGUCUCGACAGGCUUCCCUCUGGUUGGAGGACUCCACCUACACAGCCCCGCCUCCUUCCUCCUCCUUAUAUGGUAAUCCUUCGCUGAGCCCGCCCCCUACCUGCCUCCUCUCCUCAGCACCAGGAUGGAAUCAUCACCAUGACAACCCGUCCGGGCUGCGUGAGUGUGUGAGCUGUGGAACGAGCAGCGCCCCCCUGUGGAAGAGAGACGCUGCAGGUGGACACCUGUGUUACACCUGUAGCCUCAGACAGGAAACUGAAGACACACCCCUACUGAGACCGAAGAGGACAGCUGUUGUGUGUCAGAGACCAGGAACUCGUUGUUUCAACUGUGGAACUGAACAAACGAGUCUGUGGAGGAGAAACUGUUCAGGAAAACCAGUCUGCAACGCAUGUGGCCUCUACUACCGACUACACAAGGUGGAUCGUCCUCUGGCUUUGAGGAGAGAAGGAAUCCAGACCAGGAAGAGGAAACUGACCAAUAAGAAGAAGAACAAGAGGAGAAGUGACCAAUCAGAAGGCAGCCUCUCCACACUGGCCCCUCCCACUGAGACAUCUUCCUGACCAGGAAGUAGAGUCACAUGAUCCGUCUCAUUUCUGUUCCAGGUGGACAGGAAGUUGGUCUUUACUUUUCUCACUGUAUCCAUGGCAACGCGCUGGUUGACACCUGUGCUCUGUUUCUGUCACUCACUGCAGCUGUUUGUUCAGUGUCUGUGUCAUUAUGAUAAUGUUCUGGCGCUAUUCUCACUCCCACCACCAGGGGCAAUGUUUACGCGUUUAUUUCAAACCAAAACAAAAUGCAUCCAGUAUUAAUACAAUAAGACAAAUAUUCUCCGUCUCAAUAAACAUGAAAUAAAAUGUACUCAAUAAACCUUAAAACCAUGUUUGUCUUUUUUUUGUAAUAAAAAUGUCUCUUUCUACAUAAAAUAAACUUUUAUCUGCACAAUGACACUUUAAAUCUAAACAUUCAUCUACACGCAGCAGCUAAAUGUCCAGUCACAGUAUCUUUAUCUCACUCUUUCUUUAUGUGCAGUCAGGAGGAAAUAAAAAAUAAAAAAGGUCAUAAUGUUCCUCUGGCUCCGUUUCAUGAUGAUUCUACUAAAAAGGAAAUUAGAGGAUUGUAGCAUCUUCUCUCAGAAGAUCAUUCAAGUUUUCAUUAAACAAGCAGCUUCAUGCUGUUGCUUGUUUCACCCAUUUCCCAACAUGACGUCAUGUCACUGACUUCAACAGCUUCUUAUUCACAAACAUAUAAAGACCAAACCGCGAUUAAACGCAGUAAAACGGAUUUUAUCAUUGUAGCGAACAACAGUAAAACACGAACAUGUGACGUUAUUUCGUCCCUGACGUUACGAAGUUGAACCGUUUUCCAACCUUCUCCUGUUUGCAUCGUCCACGCGGAUCCGCUGCUUCACAUCCACACGUCCUAACCCGCUGCCGGUCAUUCAGGGGCAGGUCACACUGUGUGUGCAGCACUUUAAGGAGUCCGGGUAGGACGCUCCGUCGCGUUAGUUCCGGUCUCCGUGUCCCCGCAUGUCACCGUAAGAAAUGAACAUUCAGCACAGGGGCCACAACAGGGGCCAGUUCCCCGGUGUGGACAUAAAACCACCAGUGUCUUUGUGCUCUUAGAUUCAAAAAGAGAAGGAAGAGGAGAAGAAGGACAAAGAAAGAGA